AAACGAACGGCAGGUCAUCGAUUUUAGACCGUUUCUCGUGUCUGAAUACGAGCAACGUGUCACCAAAUCGGAUUGCUGUACAUUGAUUGAUGUACAAUGUUGCAAUUUGUGUAUGGUACUGCCGUUACAUUAACUACUUUGUGACGCACUUUGGUCGAGUCAGUUUUCGUCUGUUGUAUCGUUAAGAAACAUAGGUCGUGAGGGUAACAUUUGUAAUGAAACAUCAGGAGUGACGCAGCAGCUUUUAGUGUAGUCGUUGUGUUUCUCACAAUUUACUAAGACAGAAUAGACGGACGCAUUUGAAGGCGGUGCAAUUAAGCCUCAAAGGUGGUGCAGAGUAUUCAUCGGUAAAGAUGGCUUCAUCAAUCGUGUCAAAUUUGUCGGCUGGAGAAGGAGAUAAAUCUGAGAUACGGCCUAUCCCAGAUACUGCAUCGGUUUCUGCACACGAAAGUGUUCUAGACUUCGUUGUCCUUCCUGAGAGCCCUGGUGGAGGUUAUUUGUCUGAAGCUGGGGAUGCAUUUGAUAACCUUGCUGUUCAACUACAAUCCCUACCGAUGGCUUCUGCGGUAGUACCUGUACAGUCUGUCUCACUACGUGCAGAUAUAGAAAGACUGACCACGGAAAAUGAACAGCUCAAGAAGGCCGCACUGGACAACAGUCAAUCAAUGAAAAUUCAUCUCGAGCGAUGUAACGUUUGGAGGGAACAAAUGCAGCGAAUAUAUGAAAGGGAUGCAGCUAUGAUCGAAGAGGCGCGUCAGACUACGAUCAAAAUGCAGGAGGAGAAAGCGACCCUGCGGGCGUGUCUUGAGAGCACCCAAAAAAAACUUGAGGAUGCUAUCGUCGAGAAAUUCAGCCUCUCCGAAAUGAAAAAGUCUUUAGAGGAAGAGUUGCGCGAACUGCGAUCACAGCUUGACGAGUGCCACCAGAAACUCGAGGAAUCAAACCAACGGGUGGAAGAUCUAACCUAUGUCUAUGUUGACUCUGAAGAGAGCGCCAAGCAAUACGGUUCAGAAAGGGAGGUUUUGCGCAAAAAAACCCAAGACAAACCGGAGAAGGUCAAAAAGGAACGUGAUGUUAUCACAAAACAGCCUGACGAAAGGGAUACCCCAGAAGAAAACCCCGUAGUUGCUUCACUCCAAACGGAAAUAGCAAGCCUGAAAGUCGAGGUUGAAAAAACAAGCAAUGAGGUUAAAGAAAUGACGUCCCGGUAUGCACAACUCACGGCCCUCAUUUCUGAAAAAGAAUCAGAGCUUACCGAACUUCGUGCUCAGUUGGCAGCAUCUAUUACCGAUAAAGAAUCGUGCGUUGAGAAGUUACAGAGCGAGUACGACGAUCUCCUGAAGCAGAUGUCAUUGAAAAAGGCUGCUUUCGAUGCACAGCGAGAGAGGAAAAUUCAAGAAUUGAAUGCGCGUAUAUGCUUCCUGGAAAAGGAAGUCCAGCAGGGCCGACGAGACGGCAUCGCUCUACAAAACGCUGAAGCAGCUUUGUUAAAGGCUGCAGCAGAACGCGAAAUAGACAUCCUCAAGCUUUCAAAUGCAAACAGUGAAGCUAAAGCAUUAAGAGCUGAGUCGCAAAGUCUCCGAGACGAGCGAGAUGCUCUGAGAGCAGCUUGUGAGCAGGUUAAUGCCUACGUCAGCGAAUUGAACGUGCUCAAGCAACGUGAAGCCGCCUUUAAACUUCUACAGAAUGACCAAGCUUCUCAGAUCGAAGCAUUUAAAGAAGAGUGGCGUAAAGAACACAUUAUACGACUUAAGUGGGAAAACGACUAUAAAGAGUUACUACAGACCUGGCAGGCUUUCGAGCAAGACCAACCUGUGAUUAUCGGCGCAGAGAGCGCAGAGAGCAAUCAGAUUGACCAAAGGGCCGUGGAGCUAAUGCAUGCCGAACGACUUCGCCUUGAAGAGACCGUGCGUUCUCAGCAACAGGAGAUUAGUAAUCUUCGAGCUCAGAACAUGCAACUCAUGACCGAUAAAUUGAUAAGCAUUCCUCAGCAGCCAAGUCGGACAUUUACUACAGCUGACUUUUGCUGUCCUUUAUGCAGUAAAGCGUUCACCGACCAAGCUACUUUGAUUCAUCAUGCAGGCUUAUGUAAUCCCGAUGAAGAAGGCGGGCCCUAAACACCACAAAAUGAAGGAUUAACGAAAGAGAACAGUUGAGGCUAAAAAAUCCCUAGGUACAUUGAUUAAAAGUUACAACUACCCAGGAUGCAAUGAACCAGUAAUGGCUGGAGCAGUCAGUUCUCAAAAACCAUAACGGUACCAAACAAAACGGAGCUAGGUACAGCGUGACACAAUAGAUGGUUUACAGCAAUGAAGAGAAGCCACUCGUAAAUCCGAUAACCGGAUGAAAUCUAGGUUAUAUAUCGCGAACAUAUGCGGCGAAAUAAAAUUACAAUUGUCAACUAAUAUGUAUGUAUUAGGUAGCUCCAGGUGCUCACUUCAAGUAUAUUUGUUAAUGGCUAUUACAAAGCCAUCUGGAUAGACUGGCUUGUUGUCUAAUUUAUGUAAUGAAAUUGGUGAAAACGGCCUUUAACCUUUACAACACACUAGAAAAGCGGCAAAUUACAUGUAACAGGUGAGAUUCUUAAAGGAAACAAUAUAGCCCUAUUAUUAUAACGAUUACUAUUUUUGCCUACUAGACUUGCAGAGGUUUACCUGAUUAGUUGAUUAGUGCACCUUGCAAAUGAAUUCACUAGUACUUAAUAGUGCUAAUUUUUCAGGUUUCUUCAUCCAAAUUCAUCUCGUUUUAUUCUAAGUCAUUUUCGUUAUGCUUAACGCGGUGGGAUUAGUGCCACUGUAGAGUGAAUCGAAUACCGUAUACCUGAGUUAGUAAUGCAUUCAGCAUCCGAUGAAACUUCAUGUACUGCGUAAUUCAGUGAAAAAUGCAGUCAAUGCGCUUUAUAUCCCACGUUAAUCGAAAAACUGUCUUAUAAUAAUCACCUAUUAUAUUGUGCUAUCAAUUUAUUAUCAAGCUCCUAUUUCAAAUAAAUUGGCAAACCCACUGACAUGUGCUAAUCUUAACUUCGUUUUUUAUUUAAUACAGCUUUCGCACAGUCUGUGUGAUGUACAUGCGCAUGGUUCUACUUCCUUUCGCCUGGCUGGAAUUUCGAGACUACACAUGAUAACAAAUAUACAGAUCAACAGACGAUCGAAAAAAAUGUUUUGUUGGCUGUAGUUAUUUUGGACCAGUUGAAAAAUUUGCCGGAUUAUUAAACCAGCCCGAUGUAUCUAGAGGUAGUAAUGGAUAAGUAACAGCGAACUAUACAUUCCAUCAAAAACAAUAUUAAUAAAGCAUGUUAGAUGUAUUUCGA